UAAAUAUCUUCACAAAUUUACGAUGGAGACGCCAUCCAAAAGACAACGAACACAUUCUCCGGCAUCCAGAUUAGAAAAUACGUCGCAUACUCGCAGAAACCAUGCCAAUGCCGGUGGGCGAGAUCAACAGCGACCUUACGAUCGGCGCGAUGCGACAGAUCGACCACAUUCCAAACAUGUUCUUCCCGGUUACGAGCCAUGGAUUUUGAUCAAGACAAAGCUGCGCCGACAAUUCGUGCACAAUACUGAAACGAAACAGAGUUCGUGGCAUGUCCCAGCAGCCGUUGUACCAGGUGUGGUAGCAUUUGGACAAAGGGAGCGAGAACGGAAAGAGGAGCGCGGAAACGCCAGUCAACCACAACCCCAGAUCAAAUCGACACACCAGUCCGGCAAAAUAUAUGAGCCUCGCGCCGCGAACGACGCGGAAAGCAGGGCCCGACGUCGCAGGAGCGAAAGCUUGCAGCGUGAGGAUGAGGCAGCAAUGCUGGCAGAGCUUGCUGCUCAAACGGAAGUGGUCGAUGAUCAGGAUCCUCGUCUAUCGGAGAAUGCAAUAGACAGGACCAAUGCGAAAGUUGCCUAUGAUAGCGAAGGUUCUUACGACGAGAUCGAGGUUACGGAUUCUGAAUUUGAGGACGAUGAAGAUCAAGCUCAGACAUCAGCGCCCGGCGGAGACGCAGAACAAAAGAACGAUCUUGACAAUAAUGAUGAUGACGCACCCGUGGAAUUUGGAGAAGAUGACAUCGCGUACCAGCUUGCAGCAAUGGGCGAGGAUUAUGGUCUCGAUCCCGGUGAAUAUGGUAGUCCAGGUGAAAAUUGGGAAGAAGGAGACGAAGGUUUGCCUUUGAGCGAGGAGGAUGCUGCAAAUCUGUUCCGCGACCUACUCGACGAUUACCGAAUUAGUCCAUUUACACCGUGGGAUAAUUUGAUUGCAGAUCAAUCAGAAACGAGCAUCAUGAACGACGACCGAUAUAUAGUGCUGCCCAACAUGCGGGCACGGCGAGAAGUGUGGGAUGCAUGGACGAAGGACAAAGCAGCUCAGAUACAGAAAGAUCGGCAGGCCAUGAACAAAUUGGACCCCAGGAUACCAUAUCUAGCCUUUCUGGACUCCAAGGCUACAUCGAAAUUAUACUGGCCAGAGUUUAAGCGCAAAUAUAAGCGCGAAGCGGAAUUAAACGAUCGCAAAAUGAGCGACAAAGAUCGCGAAAAGUUAUACAGAGACCACGUCAAUCGUCUGAAAUUACCGGAAUCAGCACGCAAAGCUGAUCUUAUGACACUACUGAAGAGCGUACCAGUCAAGGAAUUCAACCGAGAUACGACGAUCGAUGCGUUGCCGCAAAAGGUGCUAUCACAUCUCCAUUUCAUAAGUUUGCCUUCCUCAACAAGGAAUCUGGUCAUCGAAUCCCACAUACGGAAGUUGCCGCCUGCGCCCACGGACAGCGAUAUGACGGACGAACAGAGACUUGAAGACGAACGAAGACGGGAAGACAGGCGGCAUCGCGAGCAAGCUCUAGCAGAGCGUGAGCGCAAAGUUGAAGAGCAACGGAGAGUGAUAGAAAGACAGGAGGCGCGAGCCAGAAGAGAUCUUCGUGAGGAGGAACGCGAGCUUGAAAGCGCCAUGGCAGUAGGCAAACAGGGGCUUGACUCUCAGCUUCGUGAGACCCAUCUAGAAGCUGCAAAAGCAGGACCAGAAUCGUGAGCGAUCCUCGCCUCUGCCACAUCGGAACCAUUCGUUCGUCUCAUGUCUCACUCGUCACACGCCUCCCUAUUGGUUCCAUUGUCACGCAUCUCUAUAGGCCUUUCCCAGAGCCGUCAAUUUGCCUUCGUCGUCCAACAUCCUGGCCCACUUGCCCACUGUACCUGUGUUUCUCAUCGGACCAAACCAUGCGUACCGCUCUACCCAAUCCAGUGUAUCGAGAUAUCUGACACUUUCUUGUGCGAAGUUCUCAACAUGGUCCUGAGCGAGUGGACUCUGCUCGUUCCAAUUUGUGCACGCGUACUCCGUGAUCCACACCGGCUUGCCCGGUCCCAGUUGAUGAUG